AUGGAGUUGAGAUCAGAUACCUCCGCUAGGCUAUCGUUCUUCAUGCUCACCCUGUCAACUGUGAUAUUGGAAUGCGGAGGAUUUUCAGGGCCCAUUGUAAACAGCUUCCCUUACGGGAGAAAACCCGCUCAAGUUCCCUUGGGAGGCGUCAGGAGGCAAGCUGCAGUGAGGGUUCAGAUGAGUUGGAGGCUCCCCAAGGGGUACAGAAGGGAGGAUGUAGCUGGAGGAGAUAUGGACCCUAGCUUCGCCUCCAUCCUUGGGAACCGUCUCGGGAUUAUCGCUUCUCUCGUCAACAACGGCUCCUGUGUACUGGACGUCGGCACGGACCAUGGGUACCUUCCCAUCGCCCUGAUGAAGAGCGGGAAAGCAUUGAAGGUGAUCGCCUCCGACAAGAACAUCCUUCCUCUCGACAACGCAAGGCAAAGUUUGGAGCGGAUCAACGACGAGGCUCUAGAGCAGCUCGAGCUCCGGCUCGGGGACGGGCUUGCGGUCUUGUCAUGCGGGGAGGUAGACACUGUCACAGUCUCCGGGGUAGGAGGGAAGGUGAUCUCAGAAAUUCUGUUUGGAGCUGAAGGCGAUGCUGGAGAGGUCAGUGAGCGGAGGAGAGUACAGGACUACGGGGUUCGAAGAGUUGUGCUCCAGCCGACUGGAAGCAUUUCUACCUUGAGGAAGGACCUGCUGAUGAACGGAUGGGAGAUCGUGGAUGAAAUCAUCAACAGCGAGGCGGGGUGGAUCUACAUAACCAUGGUAGCCGAGUGGAGGACCAAUGAGAAUCAAGGAGAAAACAACAUUUCAGCGGAGAGGAUGCUGGUUGGCCCUCAUCUUUUGAGGAGAGCUUCGAACUCGGCAGCUGAGAAGAUCUUGCUGAGGGAAUGGAUCAAACAUCAGCUGCGGCAUUUCAAGUCGAGGAGGGAUGGGAUGCGCAUGUCGUCGGAGGAUGUGUAA